AUGGAUGCUUACGAAGCUACUAAGACAGUGAUGUCGAGGAUCCAAGCUCUAGAUCCGGAGAACUCUUCGAAAAUCAUGGGCUACAUUCUGAUACAGGACCAAGGCGAAAAGGAGAUGAUACGGCUGGCUUUCAGCCCGGACCCGCUUCUGCUGUCUUACAUCGGCCAAGCCAAGGCCCGUUUGGGGCUCUCUCCGAACAGCCCCUCUUCAAACCCUCCGCCCCCUUUCUCCCGCCCAGCCGUGCCAAGCAGCCCUUUCCUCCAGCAUUCGCCGCGGGGACUGGUGGUGCCGAACAGCGGCGGGUUCCAUCUGAGCAACCCGCCCUCGCCGGCCGCCGGAGCUUUCCCGAGGAGCAGGGCCUGGCCGGACGACGAAUUCGGCUACGAUUACCGGUUCCCGUUUAUCGAUAACCCGGCAGCGGCGGACCCGGUGAUGAGCCCCGGCGGGAGGAGCGAUUCUCUGGUUUUCCCGUACGGCGAGGACGCUGCCGGCGGUUCGUCUUCCCCUCAGCCGCACCCGUUUCACAAGAGGAGUUAUUCGGUGAACGACGCCGCGUUUAUCUCCGAAGGGGGUCUGUGGAGGCCUUGCAUGAACUUUACGAGAGGUUUCGGCAAGAAUGGUGGCGAGAGCAAGUUCUUGCAGGGAGAAUCGGGUGGCGGGGUCGACCCGGUCGAUCUCGGGUCGCCCGGGAAGAGUGUUUCCGGGUUUGAAGAGCUGCUGAGGCUGAAAGCCCUUCAGCAGCAGAGGUUUGCGUUCAUGGCCUCUGGUGGCCACCGUCCUUUCUCCUACAACAAAUGCAUGGACGCCAUAAAUGAGAAUCCAAGGAGUGAUUUUUCACCGUUCGGAUUGAGUUCUAGCGCCAACUCGUGCGCCCGUCAAAUUUACUUAACGUUCCCGGCUGAUAGCACAUUCAAGGAAGAAGAUGUUUCUAGUUACUUUAACAUGUUUGGACCUGUGCAAGAUGUAAGGAUUCCGUAUCAGCAGAAAAGAAUGUUUGGGUUCGUGACAUUUGUGUACCCGGAGACCGUUAAGCUCAUUUUGGCCAAAGGGAACCCUCAUUUUGUUUGUGAUUCUCGUGUUCUUGUCAAACCUUACAAGGAGAAGGGCAAAUACAAAGAGAAGAAACAACAUUUGCAACAGUGCUUAAGCCCAUCUGGACUUGAUUCUGGCGAACACUUUGACACACCCUUUGGGCCUAGAAUGUUAUUAAGCCCACGAGAGAUGAUGCUGAGGAGAAAAUUGGAGCAUGAGGCAGAAAUGCAGCAGGCCAUUGAACUCCAGGGUCGAAGAAUGAUGAAUUUACAACUGAUGGACCCGAAAAGCGAGAGCCAUAAUUUCAGUUAUCUGCCAAGCUUCUCCUCUAGCAUCCCGGAUUCCUCCCCGGGACACUCUCAGUUGCUGAUGAAUCAUCAUCUCAGAAAUUCCUCUGGCUCCAUUAAUCAAGAAAAUUCAGAAGAAUUUGAUGGCUGCAAAGAAGCACCCAUUGAAGCUGAUGAGAAGAAUGUGCUUGAAGGUCACAAUUUUUUUGCCGACAACAGUAUUGAUGGUGGAGAUAUCCUGAAUCGGGAGAAUAGUGAUGAAUCGGAAUUCCAGGAAAGCUUGGAGCACGUGCUCCCGGAUAAUCUAUUUGCUUCGCCUAAGAUAUCUGCUGCUGAAAACCACUCGUCUGUUUCCUCACAGCCUCUGCCCGUAGCCAAUGACAAUGUACAAGUUUCGUCCUCAAGCAAUGACCUUCUCUCGAGCAGCUCACCCCUCACCAUAGCUUCUCUCAAAUCGUGUUACCUUCAAAUGCCUAGGUUUUCUUCCGGGCAAGAAGGCGUUGAAAUGACGGGUUACGGAACAGACUCGGACCGUCGAACACGGUCCACGAACCGGCCAUUGUUUGAUCCGAGCAGGUUCAGGGCAACAACAACUAACACCGCAACAAUUUCUCUACCUACGAAGGAUGGGAAGAGCCCCGGGGUCGAGAAGGUGGUCAAGACUUGGGAGGAACAGGUGGACCUAACACGGUCAUACUUAGAAAGGGCCUGUAGAGGAACGAAGAAAUGGGCUGACAAGAAGAGGCGCGCGUCCUCAAGAGUUCUCCCAAGCGAAUCUAAUCCUUGUGAAGUCGUUGCCUCGACAAUUCAAGACCUUUCAAAGCUUGCACAAGGGACUGGUACGAAAGUACGAGGGAUCGUUCUCGGUGAUUAA